AUGCCUGGUCGGCGAGUUAGGGUUUCGAGCCACAGCGUGGGAAACAUGGGCGAGAUAGUUGCCGCAUCCCGCGUGCCUCCCCGCGUGCCGGGGCCAGGUCGCGGGGGUCCCGUGGGCGCUCUUAGCAAGGAUCGUCGCAGGCCGAUUUCGUACGAUUCGCAGCAGUUCGCUACGUCAGACGACCUCGCGGAUGUCACGCACGGCACCUUCGCCGCCGGUGGUAACCAGCUGGGUGCUGGGGCUCGGCAUUUCGCGAGCGGCAGUAGCGCAUACGGCAGGGGCGGGGGAUUAGGAAAAGGAGGAGUAGGAGGCGGCGGCGGAAGCGGUGGUGGGAGUGGCGGGGGUGGAAGCGGUAAGGGAUUACCAGGUGCAGGCGCGUCCCCCGCGGAGUGGUCGAGGGGAGGCGCAGGAGAGAGGCAAACGGGGCAGGGGGGGAUGGAGGGGCGCGCAAUGGGUGCUCCUGGGCAAGGGAUGCGGGCAGCAGCAGCAGCAGCAGCAGCAGCAGCAGCAGCAGCAGCAGCAGCAGCAGCAGCAGCAGCAGGAGCACGGACUACCUCCCCUGGGGAAGGGGCAUUUUGGGAGAGGCCUUCCAGGGACGGCUUUCCUGGCGGAGAUGCCAGCGGUAGGCGCCUGGUAGGCGGUAGGGGCGGAGGGCGGGGGGCUGUGGUAGGAAAGGGUGGUGGCGGCGGUGGUGGCGGCGGUGGGGGUGGCGGUGGGGCUGGCGGUGGUGGUGGAGGUGGUGGCAUUCGAACGACUCCACCGACGUCUCCCCUAGCGAGCCUAACGCACGAGGACUUUGCGGCGUUUGAGGGGUACGAGCGCAACCAGGACGCCAUCCAGAGCGUGCUGCAGGCCGCCAGGGAUCUCGUGGACGACUGCCAGCAGGAGGGCGUCUGGGAGUCCGAAGCCACGCUCAAGCCGUGGCACGGUGGCGCCGAGCCUGACCAGCAGGUUCGGCAGCAGGGGAGAGGUGGGUCUGAGCCUGAUCGGCAGGUUCGGCAGCAAGGGAGAGGGAUGUCCGAGCCUGAAAGGGAGCCUCGGCGGCAGAUGCGUGGCGGGUCCGAGUCUGAAAGGCAGGCGUGGCAGGCCAAUACGUACAGGCAGAAGGAGAGAGAUGCGCAGGGGCAGGGGCUUGUUGAGGCGAGGAGAGGAGUGGAUGGCGCGUAUAGGAGCGAGGAAGAAGAGUACGGGGUCCAGGGGCAGCACCAGCAGCAUCAACAGCAGGAACACCAGCAGCAGCAGCGACGGCGGCAGCAGCAGCAGGAGUGGGAGAGGAGGAAUGGGUCGUACAGUGACCGGAGCUCGCUGGGCGAGCGGGCAAGCAACAGCCAGCGCGCGUCCAGCGACAUGGGGUCGUUCACGGAGCAGGGCGGGUACAGCGCGCAGGAGAGAGGCAGGGCGGCUGGCCAGCAGGGGCACGCAUCCGGGUCUGCCCUUGGCGCUGCUGGUCAGGUAGGCCAAGGGAGAGCAGGGGCAGGGCUGGGGGCUGAAAAAGGGGAGGGGGCAGGGGGAGAGGAAGGGGCAGGGGCAGGGGAUGGAGAGGGGGGAGUGGGAGGAGCGGACGGGGCGGGAGGCAUGAGUGUGGCGGAUGGCAUGGCACGGAGGAAGAAGAGGGAAGAGCGGCUGCAGGCAGUGCGGUACCGAAACGCCAUGGCCGCCGCUGCCCCCCAUGCUGGUACCACCACUGACCACCCUUCUGGCUCCGCUCCUGCUGCUGCGUCUGGUGCUGCUGGGGAUUCUGCUGGGGAUGGUGCUGCUGGUGAUGGUGCUGCUGGUGUUGGUGCUGCUGGUGUUGGUGCUGCUGGUGUUGGUGCUGGUGUUGUUGUUGGUGCUGCGAGGGGCGGUGGGGCAGCAGCAGGGGCAGUGGUCAACCGUGGGGACGGGGCGGGGGGGCAGGGCGAGACGAGCCAGCAGCACAGGCGGAUGGUGAGUGUGGACGAGAUGAUUCGAGCUGCACGUGACCAGCGGCGUGCCAAGGCGGCAGCGGUGCACACGGCAGCAGCGGGCCCGUCCGCCGUGGACUUCUACCUGGGCUUCGAAGACGUGCCCCGCCACCUCCUGCACCACGCCCUCGCUGCCGGCAUGCCCGCUGGGGGAGCAGUGGGGCAAGCUGGAGGGAUGGGGACGGGAGGGGGGGGAGGUGGGGCAGGAGGGAGAGGAGGGGUAGGAGGAGGAGGAUCAGUGGUUGCGAGGAGAACAGGGGAAGGAGGGCGAGGAGGGGUGGGGGGCAUGGAUAGAGCAGGAGAGGGCGGUAACAGCAGUAGCAGCAGCUGGGCCAAGGAGGAGAUGGGGCCUGUGAGAGCGGAGGGGCAGGGGGGGGAAAGGCGAGGGGGUGGGGUAGGCGGAGCGGAGGGGGGAGGGGCAGUGGUGAGGGGGGGAAGGGGGCGGAGGCAGGCUAGUGCGUGUGAGGUGGGGUUGCGUGCCAUGGGGGGUGGAUUGGGCUAUGGUGGUGCGAGUGGUCGGCUGGCUGCAUUCCUGGCGGACGCUGCCAAGCUCGCAUCAGGGGAUGGCAGCUUCAGCAGCCGGGAAGGAGGCCGCGAUUGCAGCGACAGGGAGGUGGUCGCCGAUACUCACACCCAUGCCAGUGCUGCUGCCACUGCCUUCACUGGUGCUGGUUCUAGCGCUAAUUCGACUGCGCGUGCUGCUGUUGGUGCUGGUGGUGCUGGUGGCGUGGGAGGCAGAGACGGCUAUAGGAGGUCCAGGCUAGGCAGUGGGCAGGAGAGAGGUGCGGCAGGUGGGGUUGAAUCAGCAGCAGCUGCUGCCCCCGCAGCAGUAGCAACGGAGUUGGGCAGUGGAGAGGGGGAGGAGGAGCAGCAGCAGGCGCCAACACGGCAUGCCAAGCACACGAUCCAACAGAAGGAUCAGCAGCAGUCAAACGCAAUUCAAGGCCUGGGAGGCCAGCACCACCACCCACCCCAAACCAAACCUCUCCAGAACAACCUUCCCCAGCAGCGUGUGGAGCAGCAGCAGCGUGUGCCGGUGGUGGUGCGGGACGACCCGAUGGGGCAGCUGGCGCCCAUCACGGACCACAUCCUGCGCAUGCCGUAUGAGGACGUGCGCGCGCGCUACUCCCUGGGCAAGCACGAGAUCGGCGCGGGGCGUUUUGGGUCCAUCCGCACGUGCCUGGAGCGCGCCACUGGACGGGUGUUCGCGUGCAAGACCAUCGACAAGAAGAGCAUCACUUGCGCAGAGGACGCGGAGGACGUGCGGAGGGAGGUGGCGUUCCUGGCACGGCUGCAGGGCCACCCGCACAUCGUCAACCUGCAGGGCGUCCUGGAGGAUGACCAGAGCAUCCGGGUGAUAAUGGAGCUGUGUGCGGGCGGUGACCUGUUCGACUGCAUCAAGGCGCGCGGGCAGCUGUCGGAGCGCACGGCAGCGCUGGUGCUGAAAGCACUCAUGGGCGCGCUGCAGCACUGCCACGCACACGGCAUCCUGCACCGCGACGUGAAGCCCGAGAACAUCCUCAUGGCUGACCGCACCGAUGACCGCAAGGGCAUCAAGCUCAUUGACUUUGGCGUUGCUACGAGUCUCGAACAAGCGGGUCCGUGCAGCGAGGUGGCGGGCACGCCAGAGUACAUGGCGCCAGAGGUACUAGACGCCGUGUACGGCGUGGAGGCGGACAUCUGGAGCGCGGGGGUCGUGCUCUACGUCAUCCUGUCGGGUGUGCCGCCCUUCUGGGCGUCGACAAAUCGCACGCUGGAGGAGGCGAUCCGGCGCAAGAAGGUGGACUUCAAGUACUUCAAGUGGGCGGGCGUGUCGGACGACGUGAAGGAGCUCAUCAUGCGCAUGCUCAAGAAGAACCCUCGCUCUCGUAUCACUGCGAAAGAAGUGAUGACCCAUCCCUGGGUUGUUCGGCACACAUCAGCGGAGCAAGAGUAA